CCCAUUUUAAACAAUCAUUUCCUGCUUAAGAUACACCUAAACGACGUUUUAUAACAGUAUUACUGCAUCAUUCACCAUACUUUUACUCAUUUGUAGUUUAGAUAUGGGUUUAAAUGUAUUUUGUAGUUAAUGUCCUCACCUGGACUAGUAUCGCCUGAAUUAGUCACUCCCAGUGUAACGCCAAUCUCUCCGGAAAUAUCUUCUCAUCUCACAGCAGAACUGUGAGGAGAAAGGUGUGUUGAUUUUGAUUCUGUUGGUGGUUUCUCAGAAAUGGACCCUAUGGAUGGAGGAAUGCGUUACACUCCUGGUCCCACGGAAAACUGGGACCAAGCUGUCACAUUUUUGCCGGCGUCAGAUCAUAAAAAGAUGGAGAAGAAAAAGGGCCCUGGGAGAAUUGGAUUCAUUGUUGGUCUGGUGAUCCUGGCUGCCGUUUUGGCUUUGAUCAUAGGGCUUGUGGUUUGGCAUUUCCAUUUCCGGAAGGAUUUGAAGUUACAGAAGAUUUACACCGGCUCAUUUAGGAUAACAAAUGAAGCUUUUGUGGACGCUUAUGAAAACCCGCAAAGUCAAGAGUUUCAGAACUUGGCAGAUAAAGUCAGUGCUCAGCUGAAAUUGAUGUACUCAGAAUCUUCACAGCUGUCGAAAUAUUACGUCACUUCCAAAGUUCAAGCCUUCAGUGAGGGCAGUGUAAUAGCUUACUACGAGUCCGAGUUUGUAGUUCCAGCAGCACACGAAGCAGCAGUGGAUCAGGCUGUGAGCAGCUUAAGUGAGAAGUACAGCUCGGGUAGGGCACGCAAACUUUCAGGAUCAAAACAAGGAUCCCUGGUCCUGGAUUCGGUUGUGUCUUCAGCUCUGGACAAACGUUUGAUCUCAAAAGCCAGAUCAAGUACAAGAUACUACCAGCACGCCAGGGGCACUGACAAUGACAUCAUCAAAUCACCAGGCUUUCCUGACUCCCCGUAUCCUCCAAACGCCUUUGUGCAAUGGCAGCUUCGUGGAGACCCAGGCCACGUGCUCAAGUUGACCUUCGAUGCCUUCAACCUCGAACAAAACUGCUCUAAUGACUUCCUGAGAGUGUAUGACUCGCUGGUCGCCCUGGACAAAUUCAUCAUGGCAGAGAAGUGUGGCUACUAUUCUCCCAGCGAUCCCUUAUCCUUCAUCUCAUCCCGAAAUGUUAUGCUAGUCACACUGGUGACCAAUGAAGCAGGGGCUUAUCCUGGUUUCAGAGCCAUUGUCUCUCAAAUUCAAGAACUUGCAUGUGGUGGUAAAUUGAUUGGGUCCACUGGUAAUUUUACAUCUCCAAACUUUCCUAAUUAUUAUCCCCCCAACACCACAUGUCAAUGGGACAUCGAGGUGCCUUCUGGUAAAUUCAUCAAGCUGAAGUUCCCCAAGUUCAUGGUAUCCACAGGUUCAGUGUGCCUUGGAGAUUUUGUGGAGGUUGUUGGUAAGAGCAAACUUUGUGGGCAGCAAUUAAACACAAUGGUUACGGUCAGCAGUAACAUCGCGACUGUGCGGUUCGUCUCCGACUCAUCAAAUGUAGAUCGUGGUUUUGCCGCCACUUUUGAAGCCUAUGAGCCCAGCGACCCCUGUCAAGAUCUGUUCCUUUGCAAAAACAAACGCUGUGUGAAACCAUCCAUGCGCUGUGAUGGCUGGAACGACUGCGGUGACGCCAGCGAUGAGACGAACUGCCAAUGUGACGCAAAGAUGAUCCAGUGCAAAAAUGGUUUGUGUAAGCCCAUGUUUUGGCGGUGUGAUGGCGUGGACGACUGUGGCGAUGCUACAGAUGAACUCAACUGUGGAUGUACGGCUGAUCAAUUUAAGUGCAAGAACGAUAAAUGCAUCUCGGAGAAGCAGAAGUGCGAUGGCAAGGAUGACUGUAAUGACGGCUCAGAUGAAGAGGGCUGUGCAAGAACUGAUUCAUGUGUAGUCUCAACUUUUUCAUGCGGAAAUGGCAAAUGCAUUACCAAAACGAACCCGGAGUGUGAUAGACAAGAUGACUGUGGCGACAACUCCGAUGAGUCAAACUGCAACUGUAUCAAGGCACCAUUCAAAAAGUCUCGUAUUGUGGGUGGGCAGGACGCGCAAGUGGGCGAGUUUCCUUGGCAGGUCAGCCUACAUAUUAAAAACAUUGCGCACGUCUGCGGUGGAUCCAUCAUCAACGAACGCUGGAUUGUGACGGCUGCCCACUGUGUGCAAGACGACGUCAAAAUCAAGUAUUCUCAGCCAAGCACGUGGGAUGUAUAUUUGGGUCUUCAUUCACAAAAAGAAAAACUGACGGCAACGAAGAGAGCCUUAAAGCAAGUCAUUCCUCAUCCAUAUUACAACUCCUACACCUAUGACAACGACAUCGCGCUGAUGGAGAUGGACGCGCCUGUGACCUUCAGCGACACCAUUCGACCAAUUUGUUUGCCCACUGCCACAGACACUUUCCCCGCUGGGACAUCUGUCACCAUCACCGGCUGGGGCGCCACUAGAGAAGGAGGCUCCGGAGCGACGUUGCUGCAGAAGGCAGAGGUUCGCAUCAUCAACGGCACCGUGUGUAAUCAGCUAAUGGGGGGUCAGAUCACUUCCCGCAUGACAUGUGCUGGCGUUCUCUCAGGGGGUGUAGAUGCCUGUCAGGGUGACUCUGGUGGUCCUCUGUCAUUUCCAUCUGGUAAUCGUACGUUUCUGGCUGGAGUGGUGAGUUGGGGCGACGGAUGCGCUCGCAGAAACAAACCGGGCAUCUACUCAAACGUCCCCAAAUUUAGGGCCUGGAUCAAGGAGAAGACGGGAGUGUAACUUGUAGGAUUAUCAUGAACUAUGAGAGAUUUUAAAGACAAAUAUUUUUAUAGCGUACAUGAAAUGACCCAACAGAGCCCUACAAAUGUAUCAAAUUGUGUUAUGAUGGUUGGGUGUACAGAGGGAUGGACUUUUCAACCUUUUUUCAUUUGUCUUGUAUGCAAAGGAUGUUUUAUAUAUGUGCAUAUUUUAUAAGGUUUGAGGGUUUUUAAUCUGCCUCUGUGUGUAAAUAAAUCUCCUUUUUAAAGGUUAA